GCAACUGAUCGUAUGACAAAGUAUGGAAGCUAUAUCGAAAGCUUGAGGCUAUCUCCUUUACCUCUGCAGCUAUCUUCAACCAUGUAACUCAAUCACAAUGCCGCUGAUACUUGGGAGGUCAAUUGGUCGGUAUUUGGCCAAACCGGGCUCGGUCCAUCUCCGCCAUAUCUACCGACGAGAUCUUUGGCUUCCGAGCUACGGCCGAUGCCCCUCGCCUCGAUGGUUCAGCGCCACUGCUGCAAACUAUGCCGAUGCCAGAUUGGACCUUCCUGCCAUUGACAAGAAGUGGCAGCAGAGAUGGGCGUCGAUGAAUCUUGCUUCUGCUCGCGAGACCGAUGACCCCGUCACUGCGAGCAAAUACAUCCUGCCCAUGUUCCCCUAUCCAUCGGGUUACCUGCACUUGGGUCACUUGCGCGUUUACACCAUUGCCGAUGCCGUCGCGCGCUUCCAUACUCUUCAAGGCCACAAUGUCUUGCUGCCCAUGGGCUGGGAUGCUUUCGGGUUGCCCGCCGAAAAUGCCGCCAUCGAGAGGGGCAUCAACCCGGCCACUUGGACGAGAGCGAACAUUGCCAAGAUGAAGGAGCAGCUGCAUAUGAUGAAUGGGUCGUGGGACUGGUCUCGUGAGCUGGCCACCUGCGACCCAGCUUUUUACAAGCACACCCAAAAGAUCUUUCUGCUCCUGCACGAACAAGGACUCGCCUACCAGGAUGAAGCCGAAGUGAACUACGACCCGAUUGACAAGACGGUGUUGGCAAACGAGCAAGUUGACGCGAACGGGUGUUCGUGGCGGUCAGGUGCCAAAGUCGAGAAGAAGAAGCUAAAGCAAUGGUUCCUUCGUAUCUCCAGUUUCCGGGAGUCUUUGCUCCGAGACCUGGAUUUGUUGGCCAAGGAUGAGGCAUGGCCUGAGAGGGUUCUGGCAAUGCAAAAGAACUGGCUAGGCAAGUCAACUGGCGCUACCAUCAAAUUCCCGGUGCUGGCGUUCGACCACGACAUGCACACAGCGAUAGAGGUCUUCACGAGUCGGCCGGAAACUCUCUUCGGGGUACAAUAUCUGGCACUUGCAUCGACCCAUCCAGCUGUCACUUCGCUGGCAAGUAAAGACCCCGAGCUCCAAGCCUUCCUCGACACGCUCCCUGGACUACCUCCCGACUCCAAGGUUGGAUACCUGCUUCCUCACAUCCGCGCCAUCAACCCUCUAGCAUACCACGAGGCAACGCCCGAGGCCACCAAACAGUCCAUUCCCAUCUACGUCGCGCCGUAUGUCAUUGGCGAUUACGGCGAGGGCGCGGUCAUGGGUGUUCCGGCACAUGACGUCCGCGAUCAUGCUUUCUGGAAAACCCAUCACUAUGACGCGCCCGUUCGGUUUGUACUUGCGGCAUCCGAAGACGAAUCGACAACAGCCAUGCAAAACGAACCAUUUGUUGGCCACGGCAUCAUGACGGAGCACAGCGGCUUGUAUAGGGGCAAGUCGUCCGAGGAGGCCGGUCAGAUGCUGGUGUCGAUGCUUGAGGCUUCUGGACUUGCGAAACCGGUGGAAAAGUGGCGCCUCAGAGACUGGCUGAUUAGCCGUCAGCGGUAUUGGGGGACACCGAUCCCCAUUGUCCAUUGCGAAUCAUGUGGCGCGGUGCCCGUACCUGAUGAGCAGCUUCCGGUGCUGCUUCCAGAGGUUGAUGAACACUGGGCGGGCAAGAAGACGGGCAAUCCUCUCGAAGCCCUUAAAGAUUGGGUGAACACGUCAUGUCCGAAGUGUAAUGGCCCUGGCAAGCGGGACACAGACACGAUGGACACGUUUGUGGAUUCCAGCUGGUACUUCAUGCGCUUCAUUGAUACGCACAACACUGGCUCUCCGUUCUCGGCCAAAAAGGCCAAGUCUAUACUGCCCGUUGACCUCUACAUAGGGGGCAUUGAGCACGCCAUCUUGCAUCUGCUCUACGCUCGGUUCAUGUACAAAUUCCUCAUGACGUCCCCUUUAGUAGCUGGGGAAGGAGAGGCGUCAGACGAGGCUCACGAGCCCUUCCGACGGCUAAUCACCCAAGGCAUGGUGCACGGCAAGACAUACAGCGACCCAUCAACCGGCAGAUUUCUUAAGCCAGAUGAGGUCGACUUGAGCGAUCCUUCAAACCCAAAGGUUGUUGCAACCGGGGCGGCAGCCAACGUCAGCUAUGAAAAGAUGUCUAAGUCCAAGCACAACGGCGUCGACCCCACCAAUCUCAUCGUCCAGCACGGAGCCGACGCGACGCGGGCGCAUAUGCUUUUCCAAGCACCCGUCAGCGAGGUACUUGACUGGGACAGCGAGAAGAUUGUAGGCGUGACCCGCUGGCUUGGCCGGCUGCACAAUUUUGUGCUGAGGCUCGGACCAGCCGCAGCAGAAGACGACAUGGUGCCAUCACCGAAAGAGUACUUUGAGAACACGCUGAGCAAGGUUGAUUCAAUGAGUGCGCAGGAGCUGGCACGGUGGGAUGUCGAUGUGGCUGUCUGGCGCGAGGUGCAAAGGACGAUUGGCUCGGUCACGGCGUCGUACGAGAAGGUGUACGCGCUCAACACGGUUGUGUCGGAUCUCAUGAGUCUGACGAACACAAUUCUGGGGGCGAACGAGGCGAGCCUGCACAUUAAAAGACAGGCCGCGUCUGCUCUGCUGCGCAUGAUGGCACCCAUCACGCCGGCUUUUGCCGAGGAGUGCUGGAGUCUACUGCGGUCGCAGCAGCCCUCUGAGAGCGGGUCCAUGUUCCGCGGCGAGGGAAGAGCAAUGUUCCCUGUACCAGACGGGACGCUCGACCUGCUGCAGCCGAGAAAGCAACCUUGUGCGGUGCAGAUGAAUGGUAAGUUGCGCUUUGUGGUGGAUAUACCGAAGCCAGGGGUGGGAAUGACUCGGGACGAACUGAGGGGAUGGGUUGUGGGGGAGAUCUUGAAGACGGAAGAAGGCAAGGCGAGGUUGGCGAACGGGUCGGUUGAUGUUGCAAAGGCGAAGAAGGUUAUUGUUAUUGGCGACGGAAAGCUGGUGAACUUUGUAUUAUGACAAUGUACAACAAAUAGCGGCAUUGACCGCAUUAUAGACUGUAUGUACAUAUAAUUAGAUGUAAACUGUCUCUUCC